UAUUUGAGUAAUUAAUUCUCUUAGACAAAGGAGCUGCUAAAAACCAGCCCGACCCUGACAUGUUCUAAGUGACAUUUUCCAAUCGCAAACAUCGAUUUUGGCGUUGGGUGGAGCAGUGAGGAGACUCCGCGGCACACGCCAUUGCUUUCACAAUGUGUAUGAUAGGAACUGUAUAUGAGAAAGCAAAGAAAUAAGGAGGCCUGGGGUCAGGACCGGCCUGGUUGCCAGGUCUCCCUCAGGCAGGAAAGACGCGUCCUCGCAGCCUGGAACUUUGUGUGUCCGGUUCUGGCUGCCCGGGCCGCCGGGGAAGCAUUUCAGAGUGGGACCGCGAGAAGCCGCUUGUAAACAGAGCCGGGCCGGGAUGGUCUGCGUCCGGGCGGGCUGUCACUGUGAGGCGGGCGGCAGGCUGCAGGAGCCAAGCCCAAGCCGGGAGCGGACUGCAGGCCCCGCAGGUGAAGGAAGAGUAGAAGCCGGCGCCCGGGAAAUCACGGAUUGGCAUGGCAUUGCUUUGACAAGUACUUCCUGUUGUCUUCACAGAAGUCUCUCUGCAGAAUAAUCUCAAAGGAAUAUUUGGUCUCCCAAAUAUUAAUGCCCAUUACCCACUGAAAAAUGCUCUUAAUUGCUGGGAAAACAUCAACCACCCUUGUGUUUAGCCUGCUCCAGGAAGCCCAAUGAAGCUUUCUUCCAGUUGUUUCCAUAGCUGUAUUGCUGAAGUACCUCUCUUGGUUGGGUGAAUGUUCAUGAAGCCAUUUCUUGAACCAGCUUAGGAGGCUGAGGCCUCCUGGAGCCUGUGACAUGGAAGCUUUGGAAGUGGAUGAUAUCAGCCCGGCCUUAGAAGUUACAGAGGAGUUCUUUAGUACUUUGGAUAGUAAGCUAGAAAAGGCUGUGCAGCAAGCAGAGGUUUAUGGAAUCCAGGAAGUCCCUGAACUGGUGGGGCAUGAGGUACUCAGUAACAUCACAGACAGUGGUGCUAUGAGAAAUGUGGCCUCCCUGGGCAAGGGGGGCAUGAUUUGGGACCACUGUAAGAGCAGGCUCUUAGAAACCAAAGCUCAAAAUGUCUUCCCUGCCAAAGAACAGUUUAUGGUCCAGAAAGGGACGACCCCAGAUAAUCUUUCCUGGAUGGAACAAAAGGAAGCAUCGACCUUUAAUUUUUUCAAUAUCUGUCAGCGUCGGCGGGACCGGCCUCGUUCUGUAAACGAUUUACUGGAUGAGACCUCUACUUUCAAGCCAGGGCAUGCUCGAUCACGAUCAGAUAUUACCCAAGUGGACUGGAAGGUGGUCCUCAAAACCACACCUUUGCAGCAGCAGCAGCAGCAGUCUUCCCUUCAAGGCCUGCACUUUACCAGGCCAUCUUUUCUGUUGCCCUCACCAAGUAAGAUAGAAGAUGCUCAAGGAAAUACCGAACAUAAGCAGACAUUCCCAAACAUCCUAAAGAAGGGUUACCUGGAGAUUAGAAAGGACCAUGACAGUUACUGGCAAAGCUGUUAUGCAGAACUUUCACCUUACAACUUAUACUUCUACAGCCUCGACAGUAGUGGGAAUCAAAACCUCUAUGCCACGUACCAGCUUUCACACUUCCAGACCAUAUCUGUUUUAGGCAACCUGGAGGCCAGGAUGGUGGAUACAGUUCUAUAUGACAACACUCAGCUACAGCUAAAGGCAGAGUCACCAUGGGAGGCUUUGGACUGGGGGCAGAAGCUUUGGGAAGUCGUGCAUGCUGCUGUGCCUGGUUACAUGGGGCGGCAGAAUGAGCUGAGAAUCUCACCAGGGCUUGGCCAUCAUGAUGACUAUACACAGAAUCAUUGUUUACAGAAGAAAGCCAGUGGGCUGCUGCCACCGUCCCCUGUCCUGGAUAGCCCCAAACAGUACCAAAACAUCCUCAAAUCAGGGACUCUCUACAGGCUGACUGUCCAGAACAACUGGAAGGCAUUUACAUUUGUGCUGAGCAGGGCCUACCUUAUGGCUUUUCAGCCUGGCAAGCUAGACGAGGAUCCACUGUUGAGCUACAAUGUGGACGUGUGUCUGGCUGUCCAGAUAGACAACCUGGAUGGCUGUGACUCUUGCUUUCAAGUCAUUUUUCCCCAGGAUGUCCUUCGCCUCCGAGCCGAGACCCGGCAGAGGGCUCAGGAAUGGAUGGAGGCUCUGAAGACAGCUGCCAAUACAGUGAGGAGUUCAGAGCAAAACCUGCAAGUCACACUGAGGAGCAAACCCAAGGAUCAAAUGGGUGGGCAUGAACUCAGGAAGAGCAAACGCCAGUCUGUGACUACCAGCUUCCUGAGCAUUUUGACGACUUUGUCUUUGGAACGAGGACUUACUGCUCAGAGUUUCAAAUGUGCAGGCUGCCAGCGAUCCAUAGGCCUUUCCAAUGGGAAAGCCAAGGUGUGCAACUACAGUGGGUGGUAUUACUGCAGCAGCUGCCACGUGGACGACAGCUUUCUCAUCCCAGCACGCAUAGUCCACAACUGGGACACUUCAAAAUAUAAGGUGUCGAAGCAGGCCAAGGAGUUUCUGGAGUACGUGUACGAGGAGCCGCUCAUCGACAUCCAGCAGGAGAACGCCAUGCUGUACCACCACGCAGAGCCACUGGCUGCUGUGCUGCGGCUGCGGCAGCGGCUGAAAUCGCUCCGAGCCUAUUUGUUCAGCUGCCGGGCCGCAGUGGCAGAGGAUCUUCGCCGCAGAUGGAGUUUCGCUGUUGUUACCCAGACUGGAGUGCAAUGGCAUGAUCUCGGCUCACCACAACCUCCGCCUUCUGGGUUCAAGCAAUUCUCCUGCCUCAACCUCCCGAGUAGCUGUGACUACAGAAUCUUCCCCAGAGAAUACCUCCUUCAACAGAUCCACCUGUAUUCCCUUGCUGACCUGCAGCAGGUAAUAGAGGGAAAGCUGGCUCCAUUCUUGGGCAAGGUCAUUAAAUUUGCCACCUCACACGUGUACAGCUGCAGUCUUUGUAGCCAGAAGGGGUUCAUCUGCGAAAUCUGUAACAAUGGAGAGAUCCUCUAUCCUUUUGAGGAUAUUUCAACAAGCAGGUGUGAAAGCUGUGGGGCCGUUUUCCAUUCUGAAUGCAAAGAAAAGUCUGUCCCCUGCCCGAGGUGUGUUCGCCGAGAGCUGCAGAAGAAGCAGAAGUCUUUCUGGCAGAGACUGAACGUGGACGAGAGUCUAGAGGAGGCUUGCACCAUGUUUGAGCUGUCCUACCAGAACACCUGACUCAGGCCGACACAAGGCCCGGGAUUCACCGAUCAACAAUCCAUCAGCCCCAGAGCGGCUUCCUAACUAGCCAGUUAGACCCCUUUGGAAGAAGAGUAUGUCUCCUCUUCAGCUAGAUACAGAUAUAUAUAUUUAUUUAUAUAAACACAAAUACCUAUACGUCCCAUACUUAUGCUCUGUGUACCUCAUUGUCUAAAAGAUCUGCAGAACGUCUGUGGCUCAAGAAACUGCCAAUAGCUGGAUUACACUUAGCCAAGAAUUUCAGCUGCUUGCUCCCAGACAAAACGUGGUAUACACAAUGCUUUAUAGUUCCGACUUUUCUUUUUCUGUCUCUCGGGACAUUUUAUUAUCCGAGACGCAAGAAGCAGCAUUUCCUGCAGAAAACGGCGCUUUAGGUUAUUUUUGUGCUAUUUAUUUUUAGCCUCCACAGAGGUUGUGGUAACUGAGGCAAGCACCCAUCAUCAUCUGUUUCAUAAGAAAACCUUCAAAACACAAGAGACUCCUGGGUCCUUCCAGGACCUAGUGUCCCCGGCUCUCCCGCCUCAGUUCCUCCCAUGGAGGCGGGAAUCACCCAGGCAGAGCCGAAUGGCUGAAACAGGAGCCAAGCUCCCUCUGACAGAAAGCAUACACCCCUGAUUUAUGAGGAGAGCUGUUUCUGGUUUUGAAGUUAAUCUCAGAAGUUUUUUUUCCUGAGAAAAGAAGAAACCUCUGCGACCAAUAACUGCGUGUUGUCGGUCUGUUUCCUGGUACGAGUCCCAACACCCGCCUAACGACGUGACGCUCCACCGUGUUUUCCAGGCUGUCCACAUGGCUUUCUUAAAAAUGGUUUUCAGCGGGUGCCCAUAGGUGAUAUUUAUGAUGUUCUUCAUGAUGCUGGCCGGAGGAAAUGUCCUGGGAUUGUUGUUAAACGCAUCAGGGUAUAGACUGGUAGAUAAGGGUAUGUGGUAUGUUAUAUGGUAGUAUAUUCAAAGAGAGGGUCGUUUUCAUUUCUUUUCUCAGAAUCCUGCGUAGGCACUGCCUACCUAUUCAUUUUAAAUGCUUUAUGUCUCAUUGUUCUUCCUGCACUUUCAUUUCGACCUUUGUCAAUGUAACCAUUCUUGCUUUCUCAUUUUUUUUUUUUGUUAAAAAAUCAGAGUAGGCUGGGCGCAGUGGCCUGUAAUCCCAGCACCUUGGGUGGCCUAGGUGGGUAGAUCACCUGAAGUCAGGAGUUCUUGACUAGCCUGGCCAACAUGGUGAAACCCCAUCUCUACUAAAAAUACAAAAUAAUAUUAGCCAGGUGUGGUGGCAGGUGCCUGUAAUCCCAGCUACUCAGGAGACAGGAGAAUCACUUGAACCCAGGAGAGGGAGGUUGCAGUGAGCUGAGAUCACACCAUGCACUCUAGCCUGGGCAACAAGAUUGAAACUCCAUCUCAAAAAAAAAUCAGAGUAAUGUGGAACUUCAACUUUGGACUAUUAAGAAAAUACCAAACUUAACAAGUGUAAUUAAUGAAUUAGAUCUAAUAUUAUUUAAAUAAAUAUAUAUACAUAUAUAUAUAAUUGCUACCUUGAAGUGAAACAGAGUGCUAAAAUAAAUCAUAGGAGUCAGAAAGAGAACUGCUUUGCUAUUCGGCAGGUAGUGUUCCCCGCUGCAGUCCCCUUUGAAGAGCGUGUGGCAGUCACUGUGACCAAAACGGCAGGUAGGACAGCCAUGGGACCCUGGCAGCUCCCAUUCUUUCACCUUCACUCUCUCUAGAGCAGGAAAAUACGUUUAUAAUAAAACAGUUCUCAGUAGACUUUAUGAGAAGAGUCUAUAUCUUUCGCACUGAGGGAUGCCUUCUAUGCCUUUCAUGGUUUAGUAGUUUUGCAGCUAUUAGGAUUAGUGGCGCACAAAAUACUUGGUACAUUCAACCGCAUUGCUCCUUUCCCCACACUCCUCUCCCCUGAGAACCCAACUUACAAUACUUCGUCCAUCUAGAGAUGUGACAUUUCAGACUGACUUUGGUGCAGUUAGAUGUAAGCAUUUUCCCUCUCAACCGCGCCAGUUCCUUUGGCCCCAGACCACACAUUUCACCUUAACAGCUCAGCACCAUGCAUGCAUUUAUUUUCUGACUAUACAGUAGCCACAACCAAGGCUUGAAAACUUGUUAAAAGGCCAGGGCCCUAUUCAUGAGACGCCUCACGGUGCCUUUUACCCUUACAAAAGCAGGUUGACUUUUCCCCCACUCUACUUAAAGAGAAUGUUGGACACAAAAGAAAAAGGGUGGAAAAUCUCAGACACUUGGCAAACAGGCAAACAAAUUUGAUCAUCUCCUUUCCUCCUCCCCUUGGUAAAAUACAGUAUUUAUAUUUUCCAGCCUCAGAGAAGAUAGCAGAACAUGAUCUUUCACAAGAGAAUUAUAGACCUGCUUAUUAUAAAACAGAUGUGCUCCCAUGGCAAAGUGCCUUCUCCCUCCGCCCCCAGCUCCCUGUCACUGUAGCUUACUUUUGCCUUCACUGUAAUUAAUGUAUCCGUGAUUCCAACUGUCAGCCAGGCCAUUCCCAGCACACUGCUUUUGGAGACCUGAAGUGCGGGGCCAUCUCCUCCCCUUCUAACAUGUUUGUCCUACGAACAGAAUUUCCUCUCCCAACUCACAGGCACCCAGGGUCUACCUGCUGAGAGUCAAGGGUGAAAUUCUGGAUCCCUGAUCCAAACAUCUUUUUUUUCACCAUAUUUAGAGGGCCCUGCUAAAUAAAAGCAGUCCCUGUGAACUCCUAAGGAAGACUUUCCACCCACAUCAUUUUCUGCUUAUUUUCAAAAGGAAAACAAAAAUCAAUGUGUUAUCACCAUCAGCUACCCAGAGCUGGAUCCAUGGCCAGCUGCUUCGGAUUCCUCUCCGUUUCGUAAAACCCUGACAGCUUGGUCGGUGCCGGCCGCAGGCCUAUGACAUUCUCUGCCACCACCACCAAAAUCUGAUGAGUCAGAGUGGAGCCAGCUUGGGAGUUGGGUCUGCCAUGAAAAUUCAGAAUUGCUGUUUUCAGCCCAGAGUGUCUUGGUACACAUGAACGCCCCUUCUGUUUUCAACUCUUAACAAAUUACUUGGUGCACUCUUAGGUAAUGGUUCCACUGCUUAGAAACUGUCGAAACAAAAGCAAAUCUGUGGAUUACCACCUCUUUCAGACCAAACUAAUACCUGCUUUUCCUCGUGUUCCAUUUUUCAUCCCAUCUUAAAUAUCUUGCACAUAAAACAUAUGAAAAAAAUGGCCAAUUAAUCUCCUGGAGCUGGCAACUGACUCCGGGGAACAGCUUUUUGCUGAAAGGCCCAUUCCCUGGUGUAUCACUUGAGGAAAUCCCUCCUAAAAGUGCCAGAAACUCAUGUGUGAGAUCGUCCAACCCUGGUGAAAUGUUGGCAUCUAACCCCGCAGUAAAGCAGCCAGUUCCGAAAAUAGACCUCAUUUUGCACCACUGCAGGAAGGCCGCAAAGUACUUAAAAAGCAGUCAACUGGAAUGGGAGUAGUGUUCUUUCCAGGGCCGCUUUUUCCAAAGCUAAAAGCCUCUUUAUAUGAAAACCAUGUAAACUCUGAGCGGCCCCCUUUGCCUCCCUGCCUUUUGUAGGGACUACAUCAUAGUCAUUUGAACGUCUGUAGUGCUAAAGGGUCAUCUAGUUAGGAGCUUUAACAUUGCAUUCGCUGAGAGGGUCAUCACUUUUUGAUUCUUCUAGAGUAGUCCUCCACCAAGAAGGGAAUACGUCUAAUACUUGGGAUCUGUGGUUUGCAACACAGUGGUAUCCCUCAGACUCCUGAAAAGGGACUGUGCCGUGACUUACUUCCAGUUGCAGUGAGAUCCGAGGUGUUUACAUCACCCUAGGUGCCGAAUGCAGCCUUUGCUAAGCUAGAGUACGUCCUUUGAUGGAGGCUGGCCUCUGUUUUUGUCUCUGUGUGUCUGUCGUGUGUACACACUGAACAUGGACUAUUUUCUGUGCCUCCUCAAAGAGGCUUGGCUUCCAAACCUGGAAGUUUGUUCUCUACCCAUUGGCCAAAAAGGCCGUCCAUAAAUUCAUAUAUCCAGGUGGGACUAGCACGAUGCCAGGCACACUGAACACUUUCUGCAGAGGGGCUUGAUCAGAGGAAGUAAGCUCCUCCUGUAGCGUCAAGCCAAUGCUGUCGCUCAUGUUUUUGUGCAGAAUUAUUCAUCUCCAUUGAUCUGACACACUCUCUUGAAAUCACUAGAUUAUGAAGCAAAUGUUCACCUCCUGAUUCCAGUACUUCCUGGUUUCAACACAAGGUUAUUUUAUUUUUUUACUCUCCCUAGUAAAUAGAGAUGUGUAUAAUUUUUGCCCAUUUGAUUUCUUGAGUUUUCUGCCCCGCUUCUUUUCUUACUCUGAAAUAACAUGAAAAUACGGAGACACUGGAGCAACACUGAGAGCCCCUCCCUCCUGGAUGAACUGAAUCUAUAGCUGCACUCUCCAGUCUCCCUUGCCUCCGAGUCACUUGUUAGGAUGGGCAUUAGGCGCUUCAUAUGUUGCACACCCCGUGUGACUCUUCCGACCCUGAGUCAAGUAGAACUAACUGCUCAAGGUCGAAUCCAGUGACCGGUGAAUAAGCUCUACUCAGUUAAUGUAAAUAGACCAGUGUUGAUUUCUACCAUGUGGAAUGGUGUUUCGACAAUUAAAUUUAGCACCCAGCAGUCUCCUUAUUGGUAAACGAUUCUGAUUUCAUUGGGCUCAAAAAUCUCUGACUCAAGGGUCUUUCCUUAGUGUAUUUUAAUGGGUGCAUGGCUGAGGUAAAAUCCAAUUCAUUGUUAAACUCUAGGUAAAAUGGUAUGGGAUACCCUCUUAAGCAUGCCAGUGGUUGUCAGUUUUAUUUAAAGUAGGUUCCAGUCGGCCAGGCUUUGGUGGCUCAUGCCUGUAAUCCCAGCACUUUGGGAGACUGAGAAGGGCAGAUCACUUGAGGUCAGGAGUUUGAGACCAGCCUGACAAACAUGGCAAAAACACAGAAAUUAGGCCGACUGUGGUGCCUCACACAUGUAAUCUCAGCACUUUGGGAGGCCAAGGUAGGUGGAUCACUUGAAGUCAGGAGUUUGAGACCAGCCUGGCCAACAUGGUGAAACCCCAUCUCUACUAAAAAUAUAAAAAUUAGCCAGGUGUUGUGGUGCAUGCCUGUAAUCCCAGCUACUUGGGAGACUGAGGCAGGAGAAUCACUUGAACCCAGGAGGUGGAGUUUUCAGUGAGCCGAGAUCGCACCACUGCACUCCAGCCUGAGCAACAGAGCAAGACUCCUUCUCAGGAAAAAAAAAAAUGUAGGUUCCAAAUGAUCAUGUUAUGUGACUUUGUCCUGGUAAAGGGCUGCUGAUGUGAUGGAAGUCAUUGCUAGACUCAAUUGAGACAACUGCUAUUUUGCUUUGGAUUCUCCUUGUGAAAAGAGAAGCCACUAGCCGCUCGUCUUGUUAGAAAGUUCUUGAAUGAAGCCAGUUGUUGCCCUGGGUAGAAGAUUCAGGCACUUACAGCAACUCAUAGCAACUUCUAACUCUUAGGAGAGCUCCCUCCUAUUGGCUGUGAAGCUGCAAACCAGCCUCUUUCUUUUCCCCGAAUCUCCCUUGCCCCUAGUUCUGAGCCCAGCCCAGAGGCUCAGCUAAUAAACCAGCUAGUGGACAACUGGGGCCUGUGGCUCCUUCUCCAUGUUGGCCUUCCCUUGUGUCUCUUGUCCCUGUAGGAGUGCCUUAUAGUCCUGUCUCCUGCUUCUAGUCUAGUCUAUCUGAACCACCUGAAGCCUGCAGGACCUUUCAACUAAAUCUGCAUCCCUCUGCUUCUUCCCUGCUGGCUACUCUUCAUAUAGAUGCGCUUGGAGCCUGUGCAUUCCAUGACGCAUGUCGGACUUUUCACCUUGUUCAACCCGGUGUGCCUUAACCUCAGGAGUAAAAGGAAUCAGGUUGGAGACACGUGGUUAAAGUAGAAUGGUGCAAACAUUGGCUUCUUAGUGCCAUUAGCAGUUUUACCAGGAAAUGCAAAAGAUGCAACCACAUAGUGUUUUCCCUUUGUUUUAUGCUGCUCUUAAAUCCCUCUUCUUGUUUGUUAGCUUUCAUUAACCAAACUCAGGGGAAUGUCACGAUGUCACCAAGGCCAAUGGGUAGAGAAAUAAAAUCCAGCCAUCCAGAAUUGAAUCUGUAAAGUCAGUGAACUUAGCCUUUUUAGGUUCAAAAUUACACAAACACAAGGAUUUUCUUACCCUUCACCUUUCAAAAGUUUUCUUUUUAUUUUGCCACCUGUUUUCCAAAUAAGAAGUGGGAAGCCUUUUAGAUAAAUUGUGAUAAAAAUGUCUCUUUGUGUGAUGUGCACAGUCCACUGAGCUAUCAAAUUAGGCUUUGGCUGCUGGAGGCCUAGGUUCUAGCUUUGACCACCUAUCAGAAUCUUACUGUUACACUGGGCACGGUGGCAUGUGCCUACAGUCCCAACUAUUUGGGAGGCUGAGGUGGGCAGAUUGCUUAAGCCCAAGAGCCUAGGCAAUAUGGUGAAACCCAUCUCAAAAAACAAAGAAAAAAAGAAGUUGAGUCUUACUGUGAAUAGCUUCUAGCCUACCCUAGAAAAUAUAUAUUUUAAAUCUGUUUCUUAGGAAUAGUAGCUAAAAGAAGGAAUCAUCACAGGAGGGAAAGUAGCUGGCCAAGUAGCUCACGCCUGUAAUCCCAGCACUUUGGGAGGCCAAGAUGGGAGGAUCACUGGAGCCCAAAGGUUCAAGGGGCCAGUCUGGACAAGAUGGCAAGAUCCCCAUCUCUUAAAAAAAUAAUAUUUUUUUUUUACGGAGAGAAAAUGCUUAGGCUGCAAAUGGAGAGUAUGGAACAUGGUGAUGUAAAAAACUUCUGCACAACUUGUUCUCUAGCUCCUGGGUCAGAUCUAUGCCAUUUUUUCUUAUUUCUGCUCACACACGACAGAAAUGUCUAAAAUUUUGGGUCUGGGCUGUUAUGUCACUUGCGUUAAGUUAUUUGUAGUAUCUACUGUGCUAACUUAUAUAUGUGUUCUUUCUGUUUUGGGGAUUUUAUUACCUUUUGUUUCGGCAUAACUUAUCUCUAUUUUUGUUUACAUUAUUUUAAAAAUAUCAGUAACUGUAAUAAUAUAAAAUUGAAAUUGUAUUGUUGACAAUACCUCUAGUUUUUAAGGCCAUCUGUCACAUAAUUUAAGUGCACCAGUUCCUAAUGUAUAAAGUUCUCUCUCUCAAUAAACAAUGCAGAAAGUA